AUGCCUUCUUCACAAAAACCGAAACGCCUCACACUCGAGGAGUUUUACAAGAUGAACGGAAUGGACACGACGAGUUUGUUGAGUCAUUCUUCCAUGGCUGUAAACAAUGACCACCAACAAACAACAGAUGAAGAAUCGGAAGAAGAUGGUUUCAUGAAGAAUGAAGAGAUGAACAAGAUGAAGGGAGUGAUGAGGAAUUAUCAUAAUACUCAACAAUAUCACGGAUCAAAAAAGACAACGGAAAUUUCCUAUUUACAUGAUGACUUUGAAGGAGAUGUUUUAUAUGAUUAUUAUGAUAUCGGAGAGGAAUAUAGUGAUGAUGAUGAUGAAGAAUAUGAGUACAACAAUGAUGAGGACUUUCGUGUGGCCGCAUCGAAUGAUAGCAACAACUCUGUUCCCACGGAACGUCAAAGUGCCAUCUCCUCUUCAGGAGGUACAUCAUCAGCUCUUGAGAAUAAUAGUCAUUCAAGAGACACCAGCACUCCAAGCUCUUCAUCUAACAAGUAUUCCGGAAGAAUUAAUCUUACAACAUCGAUCCGAACAGAUAUUUCAAAAGUACAAAAGAAGGAGUUAGAAUCACGAAUCAAGUUAACGAACAAAUUGGAGGAAAGAGCGACUGUAGAACAAGUGAUUGACACCAGAACAAGAAUGAUUCUCUUUAAAUUAAUGAAUAAUGGAUUCUUUUAUUCUGUGAAUGGAUGUGUGUCCACAGGUAAAGAGGCAAACGUUUAUUAUGCUUGCGGAGAUGAAGAUGAAGAAAAUUCUGAAAAGCAAUAUGCCAUUAAAAUUUACAAAACCUCCAUUUUGGUGUUCAAGGACAGAGACAGAUACGUCACUGGAGAGUAUAGAUUCAAGUCAGGCUAUUCCAAGCACAAUCCUAGAAAGAUGGUUAAAGUGUGGGCAGAAAAAGAAAUGAGAAAUUUAAGAAGAUUGGAAAAUGUUGGAAUACCAUGUCCAAAGGUUCAUGUUUUAAAACAGCAUGUUCUCGUGAUGUCAUUUAUUGGAAAGAACGGAUGGCCAGCUCCAAGACUGAAGGAUGCAAAACUUUCUCUGACAAAACUUCGAGAAAUUUAUCUUGACAUCAUAAAAUCUGUUCGCACCAUGUAUCAAAAAGCAAAACUAGUUCAUGGAGACUUGAGCGAGUACAACUUGCUUUACUUUAAAGGAAGAGUAUAUUUUAUUGAUGUGUCUCAGAGUGUUGAAAAUGAUCAUCCUAAUGCACUCGAAUUUUUGAGAAAAGAUUGUGAGAAUGUUAAAAACUUCUUCUUCAAGAACGGACUUACUAACAUCAUGACAACAAGAGAAUUAUUUGACUUUGUAACAGAUAUUACUCUAACCGAUGACAUGGUUGACUCUUAUUUAGAAACUAUGAUGGAAAAAAUUCAAGAUAGACCUCCAAUAACAGCCAAAGAUGAAGUGGAUGCUGAAGUAUUUAAACAAGUUUACAUCCCACGUACCUUGACAGAGAUUAUGGAUUAUGAAGCUCACAGAGAACAGAUUGAACUUCAAGAAAACACGGAUGAUAUUUUCUACAGAAGUGUGACAGGAAUCAAUAUGGACUUAUCAGGUGCCGCUACAACACCUUUUGGACUCACCGAAGAGGAAGCAGAGAAGAUUCAGAAAAAAUUGGAAGAAAAUCAGCAAGAGCCUGAACAACAAGAGACAGCAACACCCUCUAUAGAUCAUUCAGCAUCUCUCGUUGCUGAUAAAGAGAAGAGUACUGUGGAAGAACAAGGAGAAGAAAACCUCAAUAAUAAUGGUGAUGAAGCAGCAGGCGAUGAUGCCUCUAGUAGCUCAGAAGAUACAGAAAACACCAACGAAGAGGGUAAGAAUGGAAAGAAAGGCAAAAAAAAGAAACCUCCUCUUCCAGAUCUCGAGAAUAUGGAAAGACAUGAACGAAAAAAAUGGGUCAAAGAAUAUAAUCGAGAGCGAAGAAAAAACAAGAUACCAAAGAAGGUUAAGAAAAAGCUUGAAAAGAAGCACAAGAAAUAA